UUUCCUGCAUCCUGUAAGUGAGGUGCAUGGAGAGCAGAACGCAGCACUAACCCGCAUGUGGAUGUCAUUACGUUAUUAUUGCUACUCGGGCAGAUAACCCUAAUGAUGUUUCUUUUCCUCCUCUUGUUAUCCUGCCUGGGACGUGGCUCGGCCUUCAUUCCAGACGUGAGCUGUCUCAUCAUCAACCUCCAGCACACAGACUGCACGUGGGACCCUGGAAGCAACCCAGAGCUCAAUCUCACCUUCCAGAGCAGGCUGGGUUCCGGAUGGCCCUUCCAUGACUGCCCCCAGUACCUGCAUCAGGGGGGUUACAACGUGGGCUGCAGACUGCCAUAUGAAAGAGCCGAUAGGUUUUCUCCACUGCACACCAGACUGUCUGAUGACAACAAUGUCACAAAGGAACAGACCAUUGAAAUGAAAGAGCGGGUGAAACUCAACCCACCGCUUAACCUCUCUAUGGUGGUGAACAGUACAAACCUGGAGCUCUGGUUAUACUGGAACACCAGCACAAAAAGCACCUGUACGGAGAGUGAAGUGCGCUACAGGAAGGAGGGCGAUCAGUGGCAUUCUGUUUCCACUUCGAUGUCGGCUACAUCGUACAGCUUGCCUCAGAUUUCCCUGAAGCAUCGGUAUGAGCUCCAAGUGAGGAUCCGGGUACCAAAUGCUUGUGGCCAGUCCAUGUUCUGGAGCGACUGGAGUGUACCGAUGUUCUGGGGCAACACAACAGUCACCACCCCCGUCCCCUGGAAGGCUGUCUACUCAUUCAUAGCUGUAGUGGUUCUGGGCAUCUUGAUGGUGCUGAUCUACAUUACACAAGGAGAAAGAAUUAGAAUUAUCUUUGUUCCUGUUGUUCCCAACCCUGGCAAGAACUUGGAGGACCUCUUCAAAACCUGCAAUGGAAACGUUGAGGAGUGGCUGCACAUCUCCAAGGAGUUUAAGGAAGGUUUCCAGCCUAACUACUCUGAGCCUGCCUGUCUUGUGCGUGAGUGCCCCGCCUACUCGGAGGCUACUGGCUGGGUCUCUGUUCGGACCGACCAAUCAGAGCGUCCUUCGAUGGUGCCCUCUCUGUCAGUGUCACCCCCUGUUCCUGAAAAUGUACCGCCAGGCCUAGUUUAAAGGAUGUUCUCAGCUUUCCUCCAUCUGGCAACACAUUUUAUUACUUCUUAUGUUGCUCUCUUUGCCAGCUCCCGGUACAUGUAUGAUCCACUAGCUAAAGACUAUGGUGUGUAUUUUAACGCUGGGCAGAGUGACUUUGUUGACAUUUUGUGUUCAAAUGAUAUAAAACAAGCGUUUUCCUGUGCAAUGCCUUAUCCUCACCUGCACGCUUGCUCUUUUUUACAAACGUGUGUUCCUGUAUAUUACAGGCCUGCAGUGCAUAAAGACAUCAAACACCAUUUAGAAUAAUCACUGCAUGCUUUACUGAUAAAGUUUACUGGAAAUGUUCACUGGAAAUUUGCGAUGUUCGAUGCUCGUAAUUAUUUUUCACUGCAAUAAAUAUUUCCUUUCGAUUGUU